CACACCAAUAUCAUCAUCUCCUUCUUUCUGAUAUAUUUCAUUCCAAUUCCAGACUUCUCUGAUCGAUCAAUCAUCCCUUCAUUCUUCUCUGUUUUCCAAUCACUUCCGUUUGUGUACUCUCCAUCAAUUCUAAUUAGAUAAAUGGCGUCUCUGCACCCAAGCAUCCAUUCCACUACGUCGCAAGAAUCCAAUCACAAGCCAGAAAUCAGAGACCACAAUUCCCUCAGUCUCGUUCCAUGGACUUCCCAAUCCCAGCAGCUGAUCUAUUCCUCCAAUCUCGUUCGCACUCUCCGUCGGUACCGUCCUCCUCCGUCCAAUCCUAUUGCCGGCCGCCAAAUUCGCGCCGCCGCCGACCGAGUUCUUGCUGCGACGGCCAAGGGCCGAACUCGAUGGAGCCGCGCGAUUCUGGCCAGUCCGCUCUGCCGGUGGAAGCUUCACUUGCAGAGUCAGCACAAAAAGGUGAAGAAGUCCGCCAACGGAUUGACCAAGAAGAGGACGCCAGUGAUUCAGAGAAGGUUGCCGGCGGUGCAGAAGAAAGCGCGGGUUCUCAGCCGGUUAAUCCCCGGUUGCCGGAAAGUAUUGUUCCAGAAUCUUCUGGAAGAAGCCACUGACUAUAUCUCGGCCUUGGAGAUGCAAGUACGAGCCAUGACGGCUCUCACCGACUUCCUCUCCGGCGGUGCGCCGCCGAAUGCUCGGCUCGGCUUGAGUUGA